AGGGUUUCAUUUUAAACAGGUAGACAAAGCCGCCGUUGCAGAGCUACACACACACAGCAAUGGCCAGAAUCAAGGUGCACGAGCUAAGGCAGAAGUCCAAGGCCGAUCUCUUGGCCCAGCUCAAGGAUCUCAAGGCUGAGCUCGCCCUCCUCCGCGUCGCCAAGGUCACCGGUGGAGCACCCAACAAGCUCUCCAAGAUCAAGGUUGUGAGGCUUGGGAUCGCUCAGGUGUUGACAGUGAUCUCGCAGAAGCAGAAGGCUGCUCUGAGGGAAGUGUACAAGAACAAGAAGCUCUUGCCUCUUGAUCUUCGUCCCAAGAAGACCCGGGCCAUUCGCCGAAGGCUCACCAAGCACCAGGCAUCUUUGAAGACUGAGCGUGAGAAGAAGAGGGAGAUGUACUUCCCCUUGAGGAAGUUUGCGAUCAAGGCAUAGGGGUUUGCUUUAUUUAGGUCAUCUAUCUUCUGUAAUAGAAACUUAUGGUCACAAGUUUUGAUUUUGAAUUGAUGUGUUGAACAUGAGACCCUGGUAUUAAACUUGACUUCUCUAGUUUGGGAAACACCCAAACCAAUUAUGUUCUUCUCGUGUGUUAUGAUAGUCUAGUUUUCUAUCGA